UAGUUAUCUCAAAAGUAAACAUUGAUAUAUCUGAUAUAUAUAAUAAUGAUACUAUCUCCGUGUAGAAAGUUUUAAUCAUAAUGAUAAUUUCAUCUCAUUUUCGAUUACUUUAUUCAGCAUAAAUGUAACUUCCAAACAUGGAUUUAUUCAUUAAAACUCAUAUGAUUUGUACUGGGAAAUUAUUCAGCACAGCAGGCAUAUUGUAUGCAUGUGUUUUGUUUCUGGUUCCAGGAAGUGUUCUAGCUAAGGAUUGCCUAGGGAGAGACCAGUGCUCGUGCGCGUUCGAUGAUGACGGAAGUUUGAUUGUUUUAAAUAGUUUAGGAAAUUCUGACCUGACCCCACGUUUUCAAGACGUAAGUUCUUCAGAUGGAAGUACCUACUCCUACAAUCCUUGUUAUCCAUUUACAGAAGGUACCAGUAGUUGUACUCAAGCUGCGGCGUGUAUAACGUCUGUUGGUCAGACAGAAUCUAUCGGUGAUGCACAGAGCGCCAAAUUUGCUUACUCCGAGGAUAAUGAUGAUUUAGAAUUAGGUUAUACCUCAGGCUCUGGUCUUCUCACUAUAACUCAGGUGAAGCUAAAAUGUGACCAGCAUGCAUGUCAACCAUCACUAACUGCUGAAGGAAAUCAAGGUCUGAAUCAAUAUGCGUUGACAUUAACAACUGUUUGCGCAUGCCCGAAUGGAUGCAAUGAGGAUGGUCCCAUAAACUGCACUCCUGGAAGCAGUUCUGGGGGAAUAGGAGGAGGUGCCGUAGUUCUUAUUAUAUUUUUCGCCUUUUUGUUCAUAUAUUUCGUCGGUGGCACAGUGUUUCUUGCAGUUGGUAGAAAAGCUCGAGGUAAAGAAAUGGUACCAAAUGUUACGUUCUGGAGCAGUUUGCCAGGAUUAGUCAAGGACGGUGUCUUGUUCACAUUAUCACCAGUGCUUGGGAAGAGAUCCGGCUAUGUCAGCAAAUAGUUGUUCAACCAAAAGAAAUUCAUAUUUUACGUGAAAGCGUGAUCGAAAAUUAAACUAAAUUGUGAAUUUUAAUGUUGCUGUCAAAAUGCUUAAAAUUUGUAAAUAACUCGAACUUGAUAAAUGGCGAACUCUUAAAAAUGUAAAGUGACAAUACUUGUUUGAUAAUCGUUUCGUGAUAUACACAUUUAAUUUUCGUUGAAUG